AGGGUGGGAGACGCUGGGGGCCCAUCUAUCGGGUGGAGUCCUCAGACAACUGGUGCAGCAGUCCCGGAACAUCCUCUUGGCCUCAAUUAUGGCUUGUCUGGGCGGGCGGGUCUCGUCUGCGCAGGGUCUGGUCGCCAGCAACCUGAACCUCAAGCCUGGGGAGUGCCUCCGAGUGCGGGGCGAGGUGGCCCCCGACGCCAAGAGUUUCGUGCUGAACCUGGGCAAAGACAACAACAACCUGUGCCUGCACUUCAACCCUCGCUUCAACGCGCACGGGGACACCAACACCAUCGUGUGCAACAGCAAGGACGGCGGCGCCUGGGGGGCGGAGCAUCGCGAGCCUGGAGGUGGGCGGGGCCUGGAGAUCUGCGUCUCCUUCGACCAGACCGAUCUAACCAUCAAGCUGCCAGAUGGACAUGAAUUCAAGUUCCCCAACCGUCUUAACCUGGAGGCCAUCAACUACUUGGCAGCUGAUGGCGACUUCAAGAUCAAGUGCGUGGCCUUUGAGUGAAGCCAGCCAGCCUAUGGCCCCCAAUAAAGGCAGCUGCCUCUGCUCCCCCUGAACCAGCCUCCUGUGUACGUGUGUGGUG